GUGAGGAAUGAGACAUUGUGGGAAAGAGUGAAGGACGAGGGUGAGUAGGUCAGCUGCUUGAAGGUGAUCCCUCCAGCUCCUGCCUCCUCUGGGACACGCGCCACCUUCAGGACACACGCCUCCUGCAGGGGCACACACGCCUCCUUCAGGACAGCACAUCUCCUCCAACGCGCUCCCAGAGAUACAUACUGAGAAAUUAAACAAGUACUGUAUAAGUCUCAGAAACACUACAAAAUGGCAGUUGACGAUGAUGGAGAUGUGCUGCCAGAUCGUGAUGCAGCUAAAGGAUUUUAUGCUAAAUAUGAGCCAAAGGAAAUUCUUGGGCGAGGAGGUUGUUCUGUUGUUCGUCGCUGCAUUGAAAAGGAAACUGGCCAACAGUUUGCUGCCAAAAUUAUUGAUCUGAGCGACUCCUCUGAUGAGGGUGUGUAUGAAGCCACUAUUCGGGAAAUAGAUGUAUUGCGCAUGGUAGCAGGGCAUCCAUAUAUAAUUGAACUUCAUGACGUAUUCGAAUCAUCAACAUUCAUAUUUUUAGUGUUUGAACUUUGUGAGCAUGGCGAGCUGUUUGAUCACCUUACAACAGUGGUUACUCUCUCUGAGAAGAAAACCAAGCUAAUCAUGCGACAACUGUUUGAAGCACUCGCUCAUGUUCACGGGAAGGGCAUUGUGCAUCGAGACCUUAAGCCUGAGAAUAUUCUUUUAGAUGACAACUACAAUAUCAAGCUCACUGAUUUUGGCUUUGCAAAAGUACUGCAACCAGGAGAAACAUUAACAGGUAUGUUGCAUUAACAGUUUAUCUGCAGU